CAAACGUGAAAAAGGCCAUUUACAUUUGAUAAUAACAAUAACAAACACUCAUGUGUUAGGAGAACGUAGAACUGGCAAUUCUGCUUGCUAUUGCAGACUUGACGGUAGAGGGUUUGUUUGAAUAGUGUCAUUACAGGUUUGCAAAGCGUGCCUAGUUAGACAGAGCUUUCUCACAACUUGAACUUGACAGCAUCUGUAGCUUCUCCUGUUGUAGGUAACUAACGUUAGCUAGCUAGCUAUGGCUAUUGGCCGCGGACAACUUUUCCGCAGUUUCAGAGAGGGUUUGUUGAAGAAUGCCCCGACAACAGAGGGUCAAGGACCGACAGGCAAAGAGAAUAGCAGACUCUGUGAGAAAAUUACUGGAUUGUCCCCAUGCACUCAAAGUGUGGAACCACCAACACUGCCACGAAAGAAGAAGAGGAAAAAGAAGGCGUCAAAGGCUACUGUACCCUGUCAGCCAGUUGUACCACUGCCAAGGGUGCCUACAAAGUCUACUGGACAUGCUGGCAAGCCAGCUGAGUGCACACCGAAUCACAUAGAGAGGAUGCCACCGGAGAUCCUUCUGAAGAUCCUAUCGUACCUGGAUGCCCUCUCUCUCUUCUCCAUCGGCUUCACCAACAAGCGAUUCUAUGAGAUGGCCCACAACAAUGGAAUGUGGCACAAGAUGUAUUCUGCAGAGUAUGGACACAGUAAGAAGUGGAGGCCCAAGCGUUUGGACGAGGUGCUGGAUAAACUGAGUGCGGUGGUGGUCCAGGAGAGACCAGAGGGCUAUUGGAGAAGACUGUACUUCAGGACCAUGGCUGGCUUCAAUGAGACCAAGUGGAGGAAGGAGUUGAGAGACAUCAACCCUUUCACAGGCUUGCCCAGUCAGACUGAAAGAAUCCUCAGGAGCCAGCGUGUGACCUGGGAGAUCACAGUGUCUGACAAGUGGGGGUUGGAGGGGACGUUUGAGCAGAGCCGUGCCUACUUCUCUGACUCGUCCGUGACUGUGUGCUGGAGCAGCGGGCGCUGGCCCUCCUUCCACCAGCUCUCUACCUUACAGCUAGAUGGUGUCAAAAGACAAGCUCUCAGCUCCCCUAACAUCAAUAAGCCGGGCUGGCGGUCUCUGAUGGCUAAGUUUGACAGGGACACCAUCUCUAAGAGUGGCCAGGUCAUCGGUAGAGACCAACUAGUCACCCUGGUACUCUUUUCGCCUAGCAUCGUCAUUGGCGUCUGGAGGGGCCGGUGGUCCAUUGCCUUUGUGAUGGCCAGCUUCCACUACCACAGGCUGGUGGAGAGGAGUCUCCUGGGCACCUCGAUGUGCCCCUAUUCCAUGCCAGAGAACAAGCCUCCUUUCGACGACAUGGACCCUGACUCCGGCCUCCAUGGUUACACGCUCCGCAUUAUACUACACAACACUGUGACCCAGAUCAUGGCCGGCCACUUCUCUCAACUCUACUGUAGCAAAAGUCAGGUCCAUGGUGGUUUUAUCCAGCUGAAUGUCAUCAACAGGGGAAGCCUGUCCCAGCACACCCCUCUCUCUGGCAGGAUCAGCCUGCCCUGGAAGUGUGAGGCUCUAGAGGGCACCGUGGAGAAUUGCUGCAUGAUGAGCCUGACCCUGAUGGAUGAGUACCAGAACCCCUUCUGGUGUGUCAGCACACCCGUGUGUAUGGCACUGAACAGUAAGGAGUCAUCCAAUGACUACGAGGGUCAGCACUUCCUGAUCAAGUACCAGGAUGCAGAAGGCAAGGUGAGGAUGGACCUUGUGUGGCUGGAAGAGCAGAGACAGUACUUCCUCAUCAAUCUGGUAGUCUUCAUCGCCACGGCCAAAGUCAACAAGCACUUUGGUAGAGCCUACUGACGCUGCAUGUAGAGGUGGCACUGUGAUGACAAAGUGGUGACAUAAACUGUCAUGGCAGCUGACAACUGCUUAUGACAUCUGUUAUAUUGUUGUUAUGCAGUAUAAUGUAGGCCUUAUGAUAGAAGCUUGAAGUAAAGUGUUGAGCCUGUAUACAGUGUGUCAAUUGAUGACAUAGUUUAGUUGUGUUUUGUUCUGAGUAAGUUUGAGGGUUUGCCCCGGCCAGUUUUCAUUAUGUCUGUAUAUUUAUAUAGUUUUAUGCAUUGUUUUGUGAAUCAUUAAUACACAUUGGUAAAAUGUAAUCCUACUUUUUUUAAGUAUGUCUCGCCAUAUUAUAAAGAGCAAAACUACAUGUGAAAUGUGUUAAACAGAGUUGAACUAUUUUGGGUUUGUAAACUUUCUGUUACAGAUGGACUAUCUGAUUCUGAUAAAUAUUCUGAUUUAUAUA